CUCAUUCCCUUCCUGCUGCAUCACAACAGCCGUUAGUAGCUCGAGUAGCACCAGUGACCGGGGGGCCAGGAUAUCCAUAGCUAAUUAUCAUAAAAAACAACUCUAGACGCUGCUAUACUCCACGACAUCAUUACAAAGGGUACCUUACAGAAACCGGCUGCAUUGCGAUAACCCUACUCGAACUGUUGGGAUAUGGCCAGGCCAGAACAGGUUCUGCUCUUGGAGCCUCAGCACGAACUGAAAUUUCGAGGUCCGUUCUCAGAUGUGGUCACCACAACUCUCAAGCUCUCCAACCCUACAGACAGGAAUGUGUGUUUCAAGGUGAAGACGACAGCACCACGCCGGUACUGUGUCCGGCCAAACAGCGGUAUCAUCGAUGCAGGCACCUCAAUCAACGUCUCAGUUAUGCUGCAGCCAUUCGAUUACGACCCAAAUGAGAAGAGCAAGCACAAGUUCAUGGUCCAGUCCAUGCUUGCACCACCUGACAUGACCGACAUGGAAGGAGUGUGGAAGGAAGCCAAACCAGAGGAACUAAUGGACUCCAAGCUGAGGUGUGUUUUUGAGCUUCCAGUGGAGAAUGAGAAAACGCAUGACAUGGAGUCCAACAAGAUGGUGUCUCCCAGCCUGCUGAAGUCGGAGUCCUGCACACUGUCUAUGAAGUCCAUGAGCUCCACCCUCGAUGACGGGGAGGUGAAGAAGAUCAUGGAGGAGUGUAAGAGGCUGCAGAUGGAGGCUCAGAGGCUACGGGAAGAAAACAAACAAAUAAGGGAGGAUGAUGGUCUGCGGAUGAGGAAGAGCAACGUGAUGUCAUCUCAGCACUCCUCCUCAGUUGGUGUGGUGAAAGAAGAGGGGUUGAGCGCCCGCAUGGUGGCCCUCAUCGUGCUCUUCUUUGUGGUGGGCAUCAUCGUGGGCAAGUUGGUCUUGUAGAGGGCAGUGCAGUUUGGUCGGCCGCAGCAUGCUUGUGGGGAAUGAAACAAACACGGGAUCCGGGGUUUUGGAUCAGAAAUGCCAUAUCAGCUGGGUGGGGGGUGGUACUAGUUUUGAUUCAGUCUCAUUUAUGUAAAAAUUUCAAAGGAAAUGUAUGAGAAAAAGAAUAAUGAAUUCUUCAUCUUAUGAACAAACCAACUGUUACAGGUCUUGCCUCUAUGUAAUCAUUACAUAAUCAUUCUGGCCCUCUUCCCAAAGUUUCAUGUAUACAGAUGACUAGUUUUGAGGGUGGGAGGUUAUGGAAACACGAGUUAAUGCUAGUGAUUUAGACCAAUGGAUUUUCUAACUCCAGCAAGGUAGUAGUGGUGCGAUUGAGUCAGUUUGCAUUGUGUGAAUGUCAUUUUAGCGUAUUGUUUUUUUCUAAGUGACGGAGGCCAGAGCCUAUGUAUAUGUAUAUGUAAUCCCCCUACUGUACAGUAUAUCCAGGUUUGCCGUGUUCCUUCCAGCUAAACCCCCUUUAAGGAAGGGAUUUACCAGAGAGAGGGUAGGGGUUACACACAGGGCUAUUGUCAACCAAACUGACUCCUCCAAUCAGAGGCUUUGUAUAGACCGGCUUGUCUUUGAUUGGAGAACAACUUUGAUCAAUAUAACACACACAAUACCCUAGGUAUUUUCUUCCAUCUUUUCCUUUUUCAAGUGACCCACACUACCUUAUCCCCUUCCCUUGUCACUCACUGCUCACCAGUUUCCCAGUUGGCAGAGAAGAUGCUUGAUUGCAUGCGUCCACAGAGAGUGUUGGAUUUGGACUUUUGAAUCUAAUUUAAUUGCUUUUAUCAUUGUGAUAAUAAUACGUCUUUUUGGCUGUAGGUUUGCACAACUCAAUUUUAUGAUUUUUCUCUCUCUGUUUUGUUUUAUUGCAUUUUUAUGAUUUUAACAAUUUCUUGUUGAAAUUCAAGCAUUUAAGAAUAUUGCAGCUAACUAAAAUGAGCUCCAGAUUGGUAGGAUCGGAUCAUUUAUGUAAAUGUUCUUUGGAUAUAAGCCUUGCCUUGUGACCUGUUUGGGCAAGUUAUUCUCGGGCCAAGAAGGAAAUAUAUGUAGUUAAAUAGCAAGAGAGCACAAAUGGACAGAAGAUGCAUGUAGAGGCAAGUGAUUUUAUGUUUCCAUCAACAGCUUCAGCUACACCAAGGUGCGACACUGCUGUUGGAAUUGCAGACUGUGUCCUAAAGAAAGGGACAUUGGUCUUUUCCUGCUCUUUUUCUUUUGUCAUAUUUUCCUACUGAGCCAUACAUUUGUUGACAUUCUGCUAUGUAAAGGCAAAUGUAUGUCUGAGAUCAUUUGAGUGUUUCAAGCUGCCUUGUUCAGCAGUUUGUACAGUUUUGGUGUUUGUUUUGCAUUUAUCCAUUGAUUAUUAACGUUAUAUCCUCACUGCAUUUGAAGUUGUGUUCAGUUUAAUGCACUUAAGGUUAAAAGGGUGUCUUUCCUUUGAACUCCCUGCAACAUAGACAUCAUUUUAGUUUGCAUUUUUCGUUUUACAAGCAAGGGGGAAAAACACGUAACAACCUAGCUAUAUCCUUAAGGGACCACAUAAUGACAUUGUACUGUUUUCGAGCCAAGGGUUUUGUCAAAAAUAAAAAAAUGUUCUCAAAUUGUUUCAUCUCACAUUUUGCAUAUUAAGGAAAAGACAAAAUUGCCGAUGACAGCUCAGAGCUGAGGAGUUUAGCAUUAUCUGACAGAGAAGCUGGGCAUAUUGUAUCCUACUGUAUCUACCUGUGAUGAGUGAGGGAUGGGGAGAGGGAGAAGUAUAUAUAACUGAAAGAAAAAUGAAUAAAAUCCACCGUAUCUUCAUGUAUUGAAUGGAGUGGAGGGUAAGAAAUAAAAAUAGCAGCGUGUAUUUCUACUGUAUCUCUGUAAAGUUGUUGGGUUGAGGAUGACUUGCUGCUUAGAGGGAGGGCAGAGCAGACCUGAGCUACAGUCCCAUCUUGGGUUGUGAUCAGACCUGGGUCAAAUAGUACUUAAAAAAUAAUUUGUAGCAUUUUGUUUAACCUGCUUGGAGUGCCAGGUGGAUGGGAUUUGCCUCAUAGGAUGAUAAAAUAAUGAUCACAAAGUUUUAUACAAUGAUAGGGCAGGAAAGUGUUUUAAAACAUUUAGAAAAUUUUAUGUAAUUUUCUGUGAUUGAAAAUUUACCUUACCCCUGUUUAAAUGAUCUGGUUAUAGUAAACCCUACCUGUUUGGUACUCCAAGUGUGGUUAAACACCUAGCAAGAAUUAUCUAUAAAUACUAGUUGAUCAAGGCCUGGUUGUAAACACUACACUGACCUAUCCUGGAGUCUCUGACCAUCACAGUGAUCAAUGUAAGCAGUUGGGCAACUGUUUUGUAUGUAUAUAAAUAAAUAAGUCUAUCUGAGAAGAAGAUUAAUAUUCCUAGUCAAGUAGUCUCUCUGGUGUAUAAAAACAACCCAACUUGGUUGGACGAUGUAGCAUCUUAAUAAAUUAAAUGAAUAAAGCCCCUACCUAACUCUG